GGAAUGAAAGCUGCAGGAUACCUGGCGAGAACUGUGGAUUUUUAAAGUUUGGCAACAUUGCAGAGCAAGGCACAAUGUCAACAGCAGGAAUUGCUCAGGAGAUGAGCGGUCCAUUAAAGACUGGAUUUCUUCACAAUGGCCAAGGCAUAGGGAGUCUGAAAACCUGCUGGAGUGGCCACAAUGGGUUUGAAAAGACUUUUUUUAAUGUGGAACCUGUAGCGAUGGCAUAUAAUCUGAAUCCAUCAGCACAGCAAAAUUGUACAUCUGUUGGGCACAUUUCAAACCCUGUACCAACAAAUGGCUACUGCUUUACUGAAAGCUGUGUCAGGGUCCCACCUCAGAAAUCCAGCCCAUCUUCUCUUAGUCCCAAAAGUGAGAAGCUUAGUUCAAAGCAUGAAGAUCAUCUUGUUCCUAGUUUCAGCAAACUGUCGGUAACUGUGGGCUGUGUUUCUGAUGAGAUGCCUCCUCAUACACCAACAAAGAGUGGGCCACCUCAGUUUUCUUCUGCAUCUUCCAAUGACCGCAGCUCUAGACCACUACCUCCACUGCCCAUUUCUGAGGACCUCUCUCCAGAUGAUGUCGAUAGAGAGGUGGAAUUCUUAACGAGUUCAGACACUGACUUUUUGUUAGAUGAUUAUGGACUUCCUCCUUUUAAAUCCAGUGCUCCAAGUAGGCGGAGCUUUAGGGGCUGCGGACAGAUCAAUUAUGCCUAUUUUGAUGCCCCAGCAGGACCGAAAUCAGAAGAUGCCAACUCUACAACUAACCUAAAUGGAUGUACACAAACCCCAUGUCCUCCUCCACAACAGCAGCAUCGGCGUUUACGAAGGUCUCAUUCAGGGCCAGCUGGAUCUUUUAAUAAACCAGUAGUGAGACUAUCUAGCCACUUAAAUAGGGCUUCUCCCAAUUCUGAUGAAGACAAACCAGAGGUCCCCCCUAGGGUUCCCAUACCUCCUAGGGCGCUCAAACCGGAUUAUAGAAGGUGGUCAGCAGAAGUCGCUUCUAGUGCAUACAGUGAUGAAGACAGGCCUCCCAAAGUGCCUCCGAGAGAACCUUUAUCACGGAGCAAUUCCCGUACGCCGAGCCCUAAAAGUCUGCCAUUGUACCUCAAUGGGGUCAUGCCUCCCACACAGAGCUUUGCCCCAGAUCCUAAGUAUGUCAGCAGCAAAGCUCUACAAAGACAAAACAGUGAUGGAUCUGCGAACAGGGUCCCUUGCAUUCUUCCCAUUAUUGAAAAUGGUAAGAAGGCCAGUUCAACACACUACUAUCUGCUGCCUGAAAGGCCUUCAUAUCUGGACAAGUAUGAGAAGUUUUUCAGAGAAGCAGAAGAAAUCAGCUCAAACUCAGAAGUGAAGUCCUGGUCUGGUGACUGCACCACAGCUAUUGCCACAGCAAAGCAGGACUCAGAAGCUAGAAUGGACAUGGUUGGCCCCGUGAAACAAAAACACCUGUCUUAUGUGGUUUCUCCAUAGAUUCUUGGAACAUGAUUCACAAUAGUUGCUUAGGAUGGAGUAGAUCUUAACCAUGUUGCUAAGUUUGAGAUCCAAGGAAAGGUUCUCAAAUAAUGAAGUAAUAGAAUUCUUCCCAUUUCAGCAGAAAAGUGGGGUAUUAAUGGUAAAGUCAUCUUAUGCUGCAUAUCUCUCUGAAUUGUUUGUCUGGACUAAGCCUGUCUUGGUCUAUAUAAUGAAGACUGUAAAGUGUUUAUACAAACAUAUGGAGUAACCAUAGCCACAUUGGCCAGUUAUACACUAUCCUAGAGUAAUAUAUUUUGUAAAGGCAUAUUAAGAAAAAAUCCAGUUUUGAUGUCUAAAACCGAAAUCAGGGAAGAAAGUGCAGUACAGUAUUUUUGUUAUAUCACAGGCAUUUCCAAAAUGAUAGGCUUGGCAUUUUAAAAUCUCUUGCAGAAGAUGGCAUUGCUGGGAACAAACCCUGUUCUCUUUAGCUAGGAUGUGCUAACCUGGCUAGAAGGAAAUUGACAUCUACUUAAAGACUUGGAAGUGUAUUGGAAAGUGUUUAGACUUGUUUUUUAAUAUCUCCAAUAUUUUGAAAACUUAGUAGGAUAUAAGUAGAAUUUAGUGAAGUAGCUUCCAACAGGGCUUAGACUUCUGCUUUUUUUUAUGGUGCCUCUUGGAUUCUUUCACCCACUAACAGGCACGUGGCAGAAUUCGGCAGAUUUACCUAGCAGAGACUUGGACCAGCUACUGCUAACCUUCACCCAUUGUUAUCUCCUUAAGAGGGCCAAGGAAUGCAUGUUAGUGUCCUAAAAUUGACAGGGGAAAGAGAUCUAUCCAUAAUUGCUAGUAAAUGGACAGCAAUGACUACAUCCUUAUCUAGUAUACAAAUUCCUGACUGUAUUAUAAACAGAAACACAACACAAGCUGGUCUUGUGUUCUGGUUUCUAUUCAGUAUUUUCUGGUUGUGUGGUCUUUUUUUUUUUUUUUUUUUUUUUUUGGUAAAUUAAACAUGAUUCCAUUUACAAACCGUGUCAGU